GUCAGUGUCAAAAUUGGGAGGAAAUAAGAAAAGAGGAAAGAAGAGAAGUUCCGAAAGAGGUCUGGUUCAAGAUUUUCAGAAAUGGCGAGCUCUCUGGACAUGAAUCUCGACGACAUUGUCCGCCAGAACAGAAGCAGAGGAAAAGGCCGUUCCGGAAGCAGAGGAAAAGGAGGAGGUAGAAGCAGAGGCGACGGACGCGGCGGCAGAGAAGGAGGAGGAGAAGGGCUGCCGCUUCAUAUCGGUGACGGAGACGGUCCAAAUCGGCGGUUCGGCGGCCGCGGCAUUCUCGGGCCCAGCCCUUACUUACUGCCGUCGGUACCGGCGACGAGGAAUUUCUUCGGGAAGGCUUCAAUGGAGCUGGUUGAGCCAAUGCUCGUCCCGGCUGAUGGAAGAGGAAAAGGCACGAGGCUCUACGUGUCCAAUCUGGAUUAUGGGGUUACUAGUCAGGACAUUAAGGUGCUUUUCUCUGAGGUUGGGAAGUUAAAACGUUACUCAAUUCACUGUGACGAGAGUGGAAGACCUAAGGGAACUGCUGAAGUUGUGUAUGAACGCUACGGGGAUGCUUUAGCAGCUAUAAUGAGGUACGACAAUGUCGAUCUUGACGGGAGGCCACUACGGAUUGAGCUGAUAGGGGUAAAAGUUCUGCCUCCCACUCCUCUUCGAGCUCCUGCAGCUACUGGCAACACGAGAAGGCCUAAUCUUCCCUUCAACUUCAAGAGUGGUGGUGGAGAAAGCUUCAGAGGGAGGAGACCUGCUCAUGGCGGCGAUUCAUUUGGGAAAGACAAAGGGCCAGGCGGAGCUCAAUGCCAAGUUCAAGUCCAGGGGGAAGAAAUUGUAUGGGGUAAGAAGUUGACUGCUGAAGAACUAGAUGCAUAGUUGAACCUUUAUCAAUCUGGAGCCGUGCAGAACUGCAGAUCGAAUGAGCAAAGCAGAUUAUACCACACUGGGGAUAUAUUUUUGACGGGGAAGAACAUUAUUACUGCACAGUUUGAUUACUUGUUGAUAUAUAGUAACGAGCAGGGUAAAAAGAUGUGGAGGGAGUGGCAAUUUUGCAUCUCUGCUUGCUCCCUCUGGCAUUCUUGAACAGCAACGCCUUACUAUUGCUGCGGAUAUCUUGUUUGUUGUUUUCUUCUUGCCUUGUGUAGUUGGUAAAAUACAAGAUGUAUAUGUUACAACAUGAAUAAUUGAAUAUGUCCACAUUCUUUCGACUAGC